UCAAGAGAGGCUUCAGACAUCAAGGAAAUUGACAGACACACACCUGUUUACCCCCUACCAAUGGAAAUCCAACAGAUGGAGCGGUCGGAGACGGUGUGCCGGUACUGCGGGGUCAGCUACCUCAUCCUACACGAGAUCCAGAGGCUCCAGGAGAGGCUGCAGGCCGGCGAGCGUGAGCUGGAGGCCUGCCGGGGGGCAGCGGAGCGGGAGAGGACCCUCCGGGAGGAGCUGCAGGAGGCUGGCUCUCGUCUGGCCGAGCUCCAGGCCUCAAACCUGGAGCAGGCCCAGAGGGCGAGGUGCCUUGACCUGCAGCUGGCACAGAACGGGGCCCGGCUGGAGAGCGUGAGUGCGGAGAGAGACGUCACGCAGCAGGAGCUGGGAAAAGCUCGCGGCCGCUGCCAACUGCUCAGGGGGAGGAGGCAGCUACAGGUAGAGGCCCUGAGGAAGUCUCAGUCGCUGCUUCACACCUGUCUCCAGGAAUUGCAGGAGGUCCAGAGAAACCACACACAGCUUCUCUCGCACUGGGAGGGGUGGAGCGUCCGGCUGCUGCAGACGAGCCGGGAUGCAGACGCAGAGAGGGCGGAGCUACAGCGAGCAGCGGGCGGGGCUCAGGCAGAAGUGACGUGUCUGAGGGAGGAGCUGAGAGAGCUGAACGACCGGCUGGCCUCCUCUGAGGUCCGGGCCCAGGAGCUGGAAAAGCAGGCCCAGAACCAGGGAGAGCUGCAAACCCAGCUCCGGGAGGUCCAGACACAGCUGCUGGAGCUGAAAGAGAAGGUGAAAUCCUUGCAUGUCAAUCUCCAGGACAGCCAGUCUGCGAAAGAACAUAUGGAAACCCUGCUCCUGAACAAGGCGAAGGAAACAGAGGAGCUUCAUUUCAGGCAGAUUCAAUUCGAGAAGGAGCAAAGAGCAAGGCUGUCUGAAGACCUGGGCGAGAAAGAGAAGACAUUGUUGUCGUGCCAGCAGAGGUGCCAGUCGCUGCAGAAAGAGCUGCUGAAUGGGCAGCGGCAGGAAGAGGAAGUGACACAGCAGCGUGUGCAGGUGGAGAGUGAGAACACAGCUCUGAGGAUAUCCCUGCAGCGAGCCCGGGAGGAAAUCAGCACUCUGACAGAACAGAGUGAGAAGUCUGCUCUGGCUCAUCAGCACACCGCCCAGCAGCUGGCUGAAGGACUGAAGCAGAGAGAGCAGACGGAGGCCCUGCUGCAGAAAGAGCGGGCCCACGCAGAACUUCAUCUGAAAGAGAAGGAGCAGGAGCUGAGGCUGGAGUUGGAGCUCCGCAUCGAGACGGAGAAGAGCAAGGAGCUCCUGCAGCAGUACCAGAGACAGGCUGAGCGACUGCAGAAGGAGCUGCCCUCCCUGGUGCAGAUGGCCACGCUGGAGCUCCGGGGGGAGGUGAGGGCGGCUGAGGAGAAGCUGAGGGAGGCGCAGGAGGGCCAGGCUCAGCAGGAGGAGCGCAGGGAGCAGGAGGCCCUGCGCUUGAACAGGAAGCUGUCGGAGCUGGAGCAGCAGCUGCUGCAGGCACGGGAGGACAGCCAGCAGGGGGCAGUGCAGCUGACGGAGCUCAGGCAGGAGCUGGAGCUCUCGAAGCAGGAGAGCAGUGCUCUUCAGGAGGAGAACGCGCUGCUGCAGGAGACGGUGAGGCGGGAGUGCGAGGAGCGAGGGGAGCUCACGGCCGCCCUGACGCUGGCCCGCGAGCAGCUGCAGGAGAUCAGGCACACACCCGGCCAGGCCGACCGAGGGCCCCCGCUCCCGGGCCCCAGGGGGCCCCGCGGCUCCACGGACAGCCGGACCAAGGAAGGGGAGGCGAGCGCCGAAUUGAGGACGUCCCGGCAAGGCAGAGGCGGGGGGAGGAGGGGGUCACAGGUCACCCUGCCCAGACUGCACCUGGAGAAGACGGCCUCAGUGAGCCAGGCGAGGCUCUCCCUGGUCAUGGCCAGGAAAGAGAGAUGCUAAGACACCCAGAACACACACACGCACACACAAACUCACACCCAGAAUACACACACUCACACACACACACACACACCCAGAACACACACACAUACAAACACACCCAGAACACACAAACUCACGCACACACACCCAGAACACGCACACACACACACCCAGAACACACACACAUACAAACACACCCAGAACACACAAACUCACGCACACACACGCAGAACACACACACACCCACAACACGCACACACACACACACCCAGAACACACACACACGCACACACACACCCAGAACACACACACACAGUAGGCCCAACACACACAGGAAUGCCCUGGUCACUGACAGGAAGGAGAGAAAGGUCCCAGAGCCCCCAUAAUUCUCAGCCAAAAUCACAAUUACCCAUUCACAAUCACGCAGCUCUGAACAGACACACGCACGCACAUACACAUAAACACAGACACACACACACACGCACACGCACACGAACAGACACAUACACACACACACACACACACACACACACACAAACUCAUGCAAGCAGGAAACAGAGAGCGUGCCUGUGGACCUAGCAGCAACCCCCUAGACACGCACUGGCUCUCUCACUGGCUCACUCACUGGCUCACACACUGGCUUACACACACACAAACACCAUCAGCGCACAGAGACGCGUGACUCUGGUGUGAGCAGGCCUUGAGAGAGCAGGGGGGCGGGGGAGGGGGAUGUCACGCACACACAAUCCCGCCCCGCCGCUGCUUCCUGCCGCCGUUUUCCCGUGUGAUCCGCGCCGCGCUCCAUGCCAGGUUCUUCCCACGUUUUCCCUUCUGCUUCCUCUCCCUGCUCCGUCUUUUUUUCUUUUUUUUUUCGGAUGACCUGGCUGCAUAAGAAGCGGGAAAUCUGCGUGGCAUGGAAAUCAUUUCCUCUCGCAGCGCCACACAUGGAACGGGUUUGGGCCCUCUCCUCCAGAGGUGCUCCACAGGCUGUGUGACGGGCCUCUUUCUUCUGUCAGCACCAGGGCUGCGGAAAACACAAACUGCUCAAAGUGUCUUUAUUAUCCAAAUGAUCCAGAGCGUGGGGCUGGAAGAGGGGGUGUAACCAGGUGCGGACAGCCAGUAUUGUAGACCCCCCGCCCCAACCCCCAUUUCUAUCGUGCGGUUGCACUUUAUGCUCCACCGUCUUUAUGAAGGAAGCCAUGAUCCUGUUCUUUUCUCAAACAGGGACAUCGAUUUCUCCCUGCCGUUGCACUGGGAGAUGGAGAGGGAGCUAAUCUGCAGUGAUACAGGACUGUGUUUGUCAAAGUCAAAGUCAGACCUAAAUACUUGUCUCCAAAAUGUUUGAACCUUAAAUUAUAUAACUUGAAAUAAUCUGAACUGUGUGCACAUGUUGCUUGAGAUUCAAUUGGGAACUGGGUUUUGGGGGGGAGGGGGGCUGCUAGGGCGUGUGUGCGUGCCUGCGUGUGUGUGGGUGUGUGCGUGUAUGCGUGUAUGAGUUUGCAGACCUUUGUAUCUCCUCAGAAGUUCCUUAGCUGAAAUAGGUGUGUUUAUUCUCAGUUGUGUUGAUUCUGGAAGGGAGAGUCAGAGACAGGUGUUUGGUAUUAAAAACAUUGUCCUACCCACAGAUCCAUUGUGGCUUCUGCACACAUGUAGGCAGUGUUUGCUGGCCGUGUUUCCUGAGAAUUGUAUCUCCACCUUCGCACAUUGAUUGCCCCGCUUGGCUGCACACACUCCCUCCAGCUGCACUCAUGACCUUUGACCCUGAGCCCUUUCAUCUUGCCCUGCUGCACUGAAGUGCCUGGCGCAGGGUUUCCUGUCCAACCUGUCUCUGGACCUCUGCCUCUGUUGUCUUUGUUGUCCUCACAACUUUCAACUGCUGCCAGAGCAGCGUGUGGAAUCUGGCUCAAUGGCCUGGUUGGUCAAAUGCCUGUCUAGCAGGCAGGAGAGGUCUGCAGUAAUUUAGCUAAAUGGUUUGGGACCUGUUCUUGUGUCACUGAGGCUGUUCAAUUGCAAUGUGGGUCACCCUGUUGUACCCUUGAGCAAGAUACUUACCCCGGAUUGCUUCAGUAAAAAAUAAGAGAAUUGAGCCAUGUAAGUGGAUUGAAAGUCGUGCAGGUUACUCUGAAAGAGAGCGUCUGCUAAAAGCCGACACUGUCAAUGUAAGAUCGCACGGUCCUUUCCCUGAGUGAAGGAUGUUCCUAAUGUCACUGCUAACCUAAAAGGAGCAAAGCAGUUUUUAAUUCCUCGGGACAGAUGCUGCUUUUUUGUACCCCGAGUUGAGUGAGAUUGUUGAUUUGUGAGAUCUGUCUCUCCAACAGCAAUAAAAAAGUACCCAAUCA